CUAUUAUUGGAUUAGAUUUUUUUAUGAUCUUUCAACAGUAAACAUUAACAUGGCUUUAAAUUCUAAAUACUAUAUGUGUUUCUGCGCUUUAAUACUUUUAUGUACUGCUAAUUAUUUUAUUUUUAUUAUUAACAGAGGGGAAUGUUACUGUGAUCGAACUAUUUUAAAAACUAUAAAUACAUUGGACGUAAUGAAAAGAUCCAUGCCAACAUCUAAAUUACAGGAACCGGAACAGAAGAAAAACGAAACAGAGAAAUGUGAGACGUGUUUUGGAAAAGUUCCCGAUUGCAUUGUACAGUAUGGUCUGCAUCGCACUGCAACAACCUUACAGUUUCAAAUAUUGUGUUUGAUUAUGGCAAUUUUGCACGAAGAUGAAAUUAACUCUGUUGGAUGCUAUCAUGAAAAGAAAAAAUCCACGAAAUAUAACGUUAUAAAAACGCAUAAUGUAAGCCGUCUUCUGACGAAAAUUCCGUCUGAUACUUGGAUUUUCAUGACAUCAAGCGAAGCCUUGAGCUCUAAGGAAAAACGCGAAAUGAGUAUGAAUAGACAGAAAGUUCGUAAUAAAAACUUUACGGUUCCAUAUAUUGCUGAUAUCGAUUUGGUAUCCAAACGUGGUCACAACAUUGUUUAUGAAUACCAGACCUUUUUUGGUUUAUCGAAUGAAACAAUACAGCAUAUUGUUGAAUAUUUCCGCUACUGGGAUAUACUGCGAAUAUGCUGUGGAUUACAGAUGUCCUCAGAUUGGCGAAACCAACUGUCACCAAGAGCAAACUACAAAAAACGUCAUGGUCUGCAUAGUCCAUCAUAUCCUGCAUGUGAAAUGUACAAUAUAUCUCAAGUUGAACAACUUCUCAUAAACACUUACGCUUUUCGGAAAUUUGCACAUAUUGACUCACUUCGUAACGGCAUCGGAAAGUUGUCAGGUUUAGACGGUACGUUGGAUGGAAACUAUUGUAGACGUUGUAACGCAAAUAUUUCAAAAUUUCAUCUAGAAAUAAAUCAAAAUUGCGCAUGAAUGGUUAUUGGUGCGUUUUCGAUUCCUAGAUGUACAAAAUAAGAUGUGAGCUGUUAGCAUGUCUGUAAAAAUUUUACAAUGCGACCAAAACUAUGUAUAAUUUUACAGUUCUGGCAUUUACAGAAGUUUGGGUAUACAAAGAUCUCCUUACUCAUAACUGUAUUUUACAAUUUUUGCCACUUUGUUUCUAGUGCUACUCAUAUUUUGUAACACAGUGUUUGACCCUUACAGGCUGCAAUAUUGGUGAGACAAGACUGAUUUAUUAAGAGAAUCGUGGUCCAAAUAUAGCACAAAUGCCUCUAUUUCAUCACAAUCAGUUCUUUCAAUAUUGAUCACAUUUUGAAUGUAUGUCAGAUUUCGUCUCUGUGUAGUCAGCCGCGGCUGUUUAUUCCUGGUCAUAGGGAUGGUGGGUAAUAUAAGUAACAUAAGAAAAUGUAAUGUUCCAUCUGAUGGAAGCGUUUGACAGCUUAGACGGUACCUGUGCAAAACACAUAUUAUACGAACUAUGCUUAAUGAUCCAUCGUUCGAGUCCCUCUCAGCUUGUUAUAUUUUUUUUUAUUUGUUAACCAAUUGAUAAUGUACUCGUGAUAGUUUACACGUAAACAAUAGAGGAAAUGAGUGGAAAAUAUUCACAUUGAUGAAAACAGAUACAACGUUGAAGAUAUUCCUGCAGACCAGAUUCUAUAGCCCACCAUCAUCUGCUAACAUACUGUGAAGAAUUCAGAGACACACACAACGAGUGAAAGUAAACUAUCUUAAUUGGCAAGCGACAGAUCUGGGCGUUUUAAGCGAUAUCUGGCCUGUAUGAUAAUGAUGUUAGCUUUUCGAAAAAUAAAAGCCUUCACUAAUCGAUGGUUCACGUUUCAGCCGUGUCCGGGCUUUGUGGUUAAAAUGUCUGUGGUCAAAGGUCAUCAGAUGAAUACUUUUUUUCCAGCUUUUGAAAAUUCGUAAUUCAUACUUAUGACACAGUGUGUCUUCAAUACAUCAGGCGAUAUGUUAUUCCCUAAAUUGAAAAGAGCAUAUAUAUUAACUUUAUGUAUUUUGUUUCACAAAAUAAUUGAAGCAUACGAAAUAUAAUUUGUUAUUGUAAUGAUGUAUUUUAUAUUUAACUUGUAUAGAUAUUUGAAAAGAACUUUCUAUUUCAGAGAACAAACAUAAAUCAAAAUUUGUAUGUUUACUACAAUGAUUUGAUGGUAUGUCUUAUAAAAUGAAGCAUUUCGUUUCGUAAUACUUUAUAUAUCAUCUGUUAAGCUUUAGAAUGUAGCGAUAAGUUAUUUUUCAUAAACGGAGUUUAUUAUGGUAAUAAGGAAACGUCUUUCCUAUCAGUAUGUUUAACACAUUUUACAGAAAUAUUAAUAUUUCACUUUUAUGGUUAUCCAUUAUUUUCGUGGCAUAUGUUCCUGUUAACGCAAUAUAACGUACUUUAAAUGGUUACAUAAAAGGUAAGGGGCAUAAAUUUAAAUGGUGUUUUACAUUGUUCAAUCUUUAAUUUUUGUUGCUUUCACUGGACUUUGAACUUAAAUAGUCCUUAAUUAAUUAUCUCUAUCUUUACCCUUAAGCUUAGAAAAUGCCAUGCACGGUUUACGUUUAUACACGUAGAUACGUGACCGUUUUUUUUUAAAUAGAAUGAUGACGUUAUCGUUUUUAUUAGAAUGAUGGUAUGAGAAUAGUUUAGUAUUCAAGAAUUUUCGAAAUAAGGAUUUGGUUAAAACGGAUGUUAUUGUCAGAAUAUUUCAUUUGCUAUCAGACAUUUAUUACAGAACAUAACAUAAAAUGAUGUCAUUUACAUAACGUCAUGUACAUGAUCUUAGUAAACAAUUAUUGAAAGCAUAAUGGUAUAAUUGUAUAGUUUCAUGCUAAAUUGAAAGUAUAUUAGUGUUUUUUUAUACUUGAAUCACUUACAAAAUGGUAAUUAUAUUGAUUAAAUUUGCAAAGUAUGUAAAGUUUCAUUAUUCCUACUAGUGUUCCUGUCCGUGUAGUGACGAUAAUUAGAUAUGAAUGUUAGAAUUCAGUGUUACAGUGUGAUUGUUCAUGUCCUUGUAGUAACAAUAGUAAAAUAUACGACUUUUACAGUGCAGUGUUACAGUGUGAUUGUUCCUGUCCUUGUAGUAACGACAGUAAAAGAUACGAAUUUUACAAUUCAGUGAAUUCAGUGUUACAGUGUAAUUGUUUAUGUCCGUGUAGUAACGAUAGUAAAAUAUAUGAAUUUUA